UGUAAUCGCUCGAACGCUGGCGCCGAGUGGCCAACCACUAAAAUGUCACGCCAAAAUACAUUCACAGUCAUUCCACAGGCCGCCGGCCAAAUAUUUGAUGCUCGAAGGUCGGCAUCACCAGCGCCAUUUUCCGGCCGCGUGAUGACAUCCAAACAAGUCAAAGAGGCAUACAAGAAAGCUACAAAAACGCCGACUAUGACAAAGGCUGAACGCCGGCGAUGGGAAAAGGAAGAGCAGGAACGCAUACGAAAAGAAUUCGAGAAGGAAAAGGCGGCUGCUAAAGCCCGCGCGGCUCGCGAACGGAAGAAGGAGAAAGAACUUGUGGAGAUGGAGAAGAAGAGGAAGAACGGACUGCCGUUAGUCAAGGUUCGGCCGAGUCAGGAUACGAUUGCGCGAUUUGUUAGAGGAAAUGGGUCUGGAAAGAAGAGGGACUCUACGGGCAGCACAGUCGAGCAGCCGGAAAAGAGUAUCUUGGAGGAGGUGACGGAUGAAAGCGAUGCUCGGGAUACACCGGUACUAGAGGGCGAGGCAGCCGUGCCGCCACCAGAAAACAACGAAACAACAACAUGCGGUCCUGAACAGGAUCUGAUACAAGACUAUACUCCUGAAAUUGAAACUGCUGCAGCAGUACCGAGUCCAGUUGCGGUACAAAGCGACGCCCAAAAAGUUACAUCACCAGAGGCUGAUGAUCUGGAAUUCGAAGAGGAUUCGCAAGAAAUGUUACUAUUGGAGGAUGCACUUAAAGAGGUCGAUAAGAUUGAGCAAAACGCCAGACAAAGUGAACCAAAGCAGGCAGAAGCAACACAUGUUGCCCCUCCCAGCAAUCCUAAACCUCCAGUCGCCCGCCCAGCUGUUGAGGAGGAAUUCUUUGGUGCCAGCUUGGAAGAUUCUGCCUUCGAAGACGCAUUUGGCGAUGAAUUGUUCGAGGUGCCAGUCCCAGUAACGGCAGUGGUCGAGCCAGUGCCGGCUCCUGCACCACCACAUCCAAAAGCAGAGCCAACGCUCUCAAGUGAACUUGAGGACAUGGUCGACGACCUUGACUUAGAUCUGUUCUCAGAAAUUGAUGAUCUAGGCCUGCAGAUGCUUGAUACUCUGGAGAAUACAGCAGCAAACGCUGCGAAUAAACCCAUAACACCACCCGCCUCUACAUCCAAACAACAUAAACAACAAGCAACACCGGCGGCGAUAUCACCAACACCGUCGGCAUACACAUCAAGGCUACUACCUGCCAAAUCAACGCAUCCUCGUCCUCCACAGCGUACUGAGCCUUGCUUUGCCAAGCCUGCUUUACCAGUACACACUCCACGCAAAUCACCCCGGUUAUCCGGCUCACACUCCUCAUCUCCAGCUUCUCAUAUUCCCACUCCACCUCUGAGCACGCAGGCCAUUCUCUCCAAUAUCGACGAUCUAUUCCCCUCGUCUUCACAGCAAGCACGGGAGCUCGAGGAAGAAUUCCCCUGCUCCUACGCCCCAGCAGCAAAGCCACUGCAACACAACCCGUCGCCGAGGCCUUUGCACCAUGCUCCUCCGGCACGCUCAACGCCAUAUCAACCACCCCCAGUACAGACUAAACCUACCAAUGCACCUCGCUUUUUCACAUGCUCAGGUGGCAGAGAGCAGCUAUCGCUUGCUUUACACCGCAGUCGACGCAGCGCAGCCAUGGAGCAGCUGCAAGAGAAGGAGCGCGCAAAACGUGAGGCUGGCCUUGCGAUUCAACAAAGCAAGCAUGAAGCCAAGCUCGCAAGCCGAGCACAACAAACAUCUGCCCCUGUGAAAACAGUAGUAGUUCCCAAUAAGGAAAACGUUUUGCCUGUGCCUGGGUCACAGGAGUCGGAGUAUGGAGGAGCAUGGCUGGAUGAUAUUGCGCUCGACAUGGCAUUUUGAUACCCCCUUUUUUAUAUAGCUGUGUUCCGAGUUAGCUUGAAACUUAAACUGAUGAAUGAAAUGACGCUUUGGUUUAAAUACACGCUCCACAUAGGUGGUUAUGCAUCUCACCCUAUUCUGCGAUGUGCACACGAAGCAGGCCAGAUGGUUAAUGGUAU